CACACUGGAGCCAGAGUGUGUUACAGCACACAGUGGGGUCAGUGCUGUACACCACACACACACCUCAUUGAUUAAAAUGGAAACUGAUCUGGGCUCCAUCCACACUGGGGAUGUUAAGACAGAGAGGAUAGACAGUACAGAGCUGGGAUAUGUAACCCAUCUGCAUCCUGACCAAAUCAAAACAGAGACUGAAGAUGGAGGAUAUCUUAAGGCAGAAGGCAUCAGUGACGUGCCGGAUAUUGAAUGUGUUGCUAUUAAAUCUGAUCAAGUAAAGUGUGAAUCCAGUGAAGUGAGUGAUGUCAUGAACACUGUGAUGAAUGGAACUGCAGUUGAUCACAAGAAUCAGACUGAACCCUGGCAAUGUGCAGGAGAGCCAAACACAAAGUGUAAAAAAGAAAUUCCUGAUCUGCUGCAUCUGACCCAAUAUGGGAAUUUGAAUCCACACUGUGACAUAAACAAAGAGAAUAGUCAGACCAGAUUUGUCCAGGAAGGAAUAAACGGGGCCAAGAAACAUAUUAAUUUACAGAGAACAAAUGUGAUAAUGGAACCCAUAAUAAGUAACUUGAGUGAAAACUCAAGCCUUUUGAAUUUCUUUCAAAAUGAGAUCAUUCCUACAAAUGAAGGGGAAAUUAAUACAGGUGCAAAACUGUACAAAUGUACACAGUGUGAGAAGUGCUUUAAUACCAAGUCAUGUUUAAUUCGACAUCUGAGAAGUCAUACAGGUGAAAAACCCUACAGAUGUUGUCAGUGCGGGAAGUGCUUUUCCAUAAAAUCUAAUUUAAAUACUCACCAAAGAAUUCAUACAGGUGAAAAGCCCUACAAAUGUUCUCAGUGUGGCAAGUGCUUUACUGUAAAAUCUAAUUUAAAUUGCCACAAGAUGAUUCACCGGACAAAUCAUAGAAGUGAAAAGUCAUACAAAUGUACACAGUGUGAGAAGUGUUUCAGUACCAAAUCAUGUUUAAAUCGACAUCUGAGAAUUCACACAGGUGAAAAGCCCUACAAAUGUCCUCAGUGCCGGAAGUGUUUUUCUGGAAAAUCUAGUUUAAAUUGGCACAAAACUGUUCAUACAGAUGAAAAUCCCUAAAAAAAACCCUCAGUGUGGGAAGUGCUUUUUAACAAUGUCCCAAUUAAGUAGACAUCGAACAAAUCAUACAAGCGAAAAGCUGUACAAAUGUACAUGGUGUGAAAAGGGUUUCAGUUCCAAAUGUGAUUUAAAGACUCCUGAGAAUUCAUACAGGUGAAAAGCCCUACAAGUGUAAUCUCUGUGGGAAGUGCUUUUCCUGCAUAUGUAAUUUAACCACCCGGUAAUUCACAUAGGUGGAAAGCCCAAGUCUCCCAAGAGUGGGAAGGGCAUGUCCCCCCUGCAAAAUCUACUUUCAGAAGCCACAAAAAAAUAAUUCAGGUGAAAAACCCUACUUGCCUCUCUGUGUGAAGUGCUUCCAGGUACAUUCAGUGAUCACUUCAUUAGGUAGACCUGUAAAACAAAAAACAAAAAGCAUCCAGUGAGCAGCAGUUGCGGCCAGAAACAUGUUAAUGAGAAAGGUCAGAGGUCAGAGGAGUAGGACCAGACUGGUCGAUGCUGAUAUGAAGGUGACAGUAACACAAACAACAGUUGUGUGCUGAAGAGCAUCUCUUAACACACAAAGCAUCAAACCUUUAAGUUGAUAUAGCACCUUUGUUUUUUCUUCAAUCUCCUUUUCAGGAGGUGAAAUGCAUACUUAAUUGGGUUAAGGUCUGCUAAUUGACUUGGCCAACCUAAAACCUUCCAUUUUUUUCUCCCUGAGGAAGUCCUUUGUUGUGUUUGCAGUGAAUUUUGGGUCAUUGUCUUGCUGCAUGAUGAAGUUCCCCUAAGUUGGCAGACAGAAUGUUUUUGUAGACUUCUGAAUUCAUCCUGCUGCUACCAUCAUGAGUUACAUCAUCAAUAAAGAUUAUUGAGCCCACUCCAGAAGCAGCCAUGCAAGCCCAAGGCAUGAAACUCCCUCCACCUUCUUCACAGAUAAGCUUACACUCACAAUGGCUUGCUUUUAUACCAGAGACAGCUCUCUGGUCUUCGUGUUGGUUUGCGUUUGGAAAUACGUUUUGAGAGAUGAUGCCUCAAAUGGCUUCUUGUGAAAGCAAUAUCACAUGUAAGUUCUAAUAUCCUCAAUAUAAAAAGAUUUGUAGUUUUUUGACUGCCAAUUUGCACACUAUAGGGCAGAUGUACAAAGUGUUUUGUAAGUAUUUUCAGGCGCACCCAUAUGGCGCAUUCUGCCCAGAAAACAUGCAUUACAUGCAUCAAACUGGCACAAGGCUAGAACUACAGUAUGUGUGUGAUAUACUCAAGUCACACAAUGCGCUUCUGUCCUUAAUGCAUAUGCAUUUAAGGGUGAAUGGCGCAAAAAAAGGGUGAAAACUGUGGCCGAUUAUGUAUUCCGUUGAAUUUACUAAAGUUCAUGCAUUUAUUUCAUUAAAUAUUAAAUAUGAAUAAGAUUGCAAAAAGUAAUGAAUGUCAGAAGAAACUAAGUGAAUGUAAAAUGUAGCUUUUUACAGACUAAAGGGACUUUUCCCACAGAGCCUUCUUAUCAAAGCUCCACUGUAGGGUCCUGUCUCUGCAAAAUAAAUUGAGGAUUUUUCCCAUUUUCGGAUGGAGAUGUUGACUUUGUGACCUGUCACCUGCAGUUUUGUUGAAAUGCUUUCUUGCUGUAUAGUACCGCAGAGUACCUUCCACUCCACACUGUUUCUCCUUGCUAAUCUUAUUUUGGAGGGGCAUUUGCAAAAGAGUACAGUGACUGGGGCUAACUGGAUUUGUAUUUUUUUUUGAAAAUGUAAUUUCCCUUGAAGUCCAAAGGCUGAUAUUUUUCAUGAUAAAAUAUAUACCAAUGUAACUUGACUGUAACAAUUCACAAUGUGAAAACAAAUGUGAGUAUAUUAUAGAAAGAAAUGUGGUAUUGUGUACUUCCAUUAAGUCAUGAAAAUGAACUUGACAUUACUGGCCUUUUCAGUUAUUUUCUGCCAAUGUAGUGGGUAUAAUGUGUAUAUCAGCUACAGGUGAUCAUUACGUGGACUUCAGACACUGUAAUCUCUUAUCAGUUGAGGAAUAUUUUUCGGUCUUUAUUUUUCAUUGUUGUCUAUGAAUUGUAUAUGGGUCAUUUUUACAUCAUGAAUGUGCACGUGUGUACAAAAUCCUUUAUGCCAUGUAAAUUUCUGUUGAACUGCAUCUGUUACUGUAUGUGUCAUUGCUUUCUGCUUUACUAUUCCUGUUAGUAAAUGAGGUUUCAUUCCUGCUACACAUUCCUCAGAACACAUGCAAAUCAAUAAAUGUGAAUAAAUGUGUGGAUUGGAUUAAUAUAUAUAUUUAUUAUUAUUUGAAUAUCUUUGAAUGUGUAAAUAUUGUAUUUAUUAAACGUUUCCUAUAACUCAUCUGAUAUAAUUACUGUACAUUUUUACUGUACACCCUACCUCUCCUCUCCGCUUCCGUUUCUGCGUUCGCAUGGAGAGUGCACCAAAGUGAAGGGUGUCCCGAACCGAUUAGUGGUGAGAGGAAGUGGACUAUAAAACUCCAGCACGUUCGGGAACGAAGCCCAGCAAUACGGCCCUGUCCUCAUCGCCUCGUGAGUGUAAGCCCCGAGUGUUCUCCCUCUCUCACCACCGUAUUGCAGUACCGCACCCUCAUGCUCCACUUG